UACAGUGUCAGUAUUUAACCGGCGUACGUUUGUCCUCUACUUAUAUUUUAUGCGGCUUUUGGUUUUAGUUCUUAUAAAAUACGGAAAAAAAACAUUGCAUAAAUAUCCAAGAUAUGGCAGAUAAACAUAGUAAUGGACAGCAGAUAUGCCAUCAAAAGAAAUCAAAUGCGUCAAAGAAGGUUGUCAACUGAACUUGAAAAUAUUCACUCAAGACUAGAAGGAAGUCUAUGUUUGCUUGAACACGAAGUAAAAGAAAUAAAAAAAGACCAGGACAAACAAGACGAACCGGAUCCGGACUUCGAUAUUUCGUACUUUAAGAAAAAAUCUGAAAAUAACAAUAUGGGUGAUUCUAGAAGAAGAGCCAGUAGUUUUAGCACCAGUGAAUCUAAAACUAACACUGAUGGUCCCCGAAAACCCAAUUUACAUGAAAGACGAGGAAGUAUUUCAAAAAUACACAAAGUCGAAUCUCCUGUUGCGCAAUAUAUUACAAGUCCUUUGGUUCCAUCUUAUGCUAAAACGAGACGGAUGUCUCUCCCAGCCAAUGUAUUUCACUCGCACGAACCUUUCAUAGGUAUACAUGGUUCUACCUCAAACAAUCCAGGGGUGAACAAGGGGAGUGAUACCAGCUUAAAAGGCAGCCAUAGUGAUAUGAGAAGGUCACGUGACAGUAUAAGAUCACGUGAUAGUUCACCGGAAAUGGAAAAAUACGAACGUCAGAUGAUACGUUUAAAACGCGAGUUAAACCAAAGAAUACCCAAAACUAUUAAACAGUUGUCAAGAAUACCACUAACGUCUACAGAAGAGCGCCACAUCAUAACGUAUAUAAAGGAAGAAGAACACAAACAAAUGACAGAUCGGAAAAACGCCGAAAUUCUCGAAGGAAUACAAAAGUGCACCUAUCUAAGGACGAAAAAUCCUACAGAAUUGUCGGUUGAGGAAAUGUUAGAUAGAUCACCUGACUAAUCACAUGGGUCAUAGACUAUAAGUUCUGAUCAAAGACAUCAUAAUCUAUUUUAAAUUUGACAUUAAGAUAUAUUUACAUAUCAACUAACCCGGAUCUUGACGUAACGCUAAAACAACAUAGAAAAACUGCAUUGCCUUUAAUGGCUUAUUGGAUAAAUAUUAUAUUUUGGCAUAGAUGUGCAGACUCAAGAGAGCAAUGCAUUUCCCUGUUGCAAAAUAGUGUCCCUUGUAUACAGCUGAAGUACUUUAAAUAUUCAUGUAAAAAAAGUUCUAUCUUCAAAGUACUCUUCAUUGCAGUCGUAAUUAUUCCGUCAUCGUUUUUUUGUUUUUAAAAGGACGUUAAUUGAUAAAAAAAAUUGUGAGUUUAA